AUGCUGUCUUCUCGCGACGUACUCGCAAUCCGCGCAGGUCCAGUUGAGACCCAGGAUUUUGCGUAUUACACCAAUGAGUCUCCAUCUAUUUUCACAGCUUUGCUCCAGCAUCUGCUUUUCGACAAGCUUCUGCUUCUUCAGAAGUUUACGAACAGCCCGUACCCGUGCACUCUGCAGACUGCUUCAGCUCCGCUGUCGCUCGUCUAUGUUUCUCCUGGGCGCGCAGUGGCCGCCGGCGGCCAUCAUUGGCGAGGGGCUGGGCCGCAAAUGAUAGAAUUUCGGGCCUCUAGCAUGCUUCACCUCGCACCCGUCGCGAAAUUUAUUUCUGCCCGUGGCGACGCUGUGUCGAGCCCUGUUCGCUCGCCCGUCCCAGUCUGCCGCGCGUCCCUAAAGGGGAUGCGAGGGCCCCUUCCCCCCCCCCCCAGGGGAGACGCGCUUGCCGAGAGGUCUUGCAGUACGUGCUUGGUGGAGUGCGCUUCUUGGCCGCACCGCUCGGGAAACGCCACCUUCCACGACGGUCGUGCUAGAUCUCCGACCCUCCGACAUGGACCUUCCUACUCCCAUCUUCCAGUUUUCGACCUCCUGCUUCCAGUGUGCAGUACGACAUGCAAACUGGCGGAUGAGUGCGACCAAAAUUCUCGGACACCGACGCUGGAUUACGGACAUUCCCCCUUUGUCCUCCCUCCCCGAACCUCUCCACUCCUGCUUCGACUAUUCCGAUUUACAGGCCCCGCCCUUGGCGGUCUAGUCUCAGUGCUUUUUCAUGAGACUCCUUCGCAAGUUGGCUCGGGUAAGCUGCACAUCCUGUCAGACAUAUGUUGGGGGGCCACGACGGCUCACCUUCGGCCUCGUAGUGCUGGAGAUGGUGCGAUCGUCCUCGUGCUCAUCGUUGCGAUUGUGAGCUCGUGCCUGAUGGAUGGCCCUGUGGUAGGCUGGUUGGACGGCGAGCCGUGCUGGGCUGCUUGGGCUGCUUGGCGGGGGGCGGCUGCGGCUGGUCGAGCUGGUUGGCGGGUCAGCGGGCGGAUGGGUCGGGCUCGGUGGAGUUGGCAGGCGGGCUGGCUCGAGCCCAGGCCAGAGAGCAGCCGGCGUCGACGGCGCCUCGGGGCUCCCUUUGGUCUGCCCCGCUGCUGCCUGGGCUCCGGGGGCCUGCGCCCAGGAGAGCGGUGCAGAUGCGUCCCUGGCCGAGCCAGGAGGUCGUGUGCACCGCGCCUGGGCCCGGGCAGAGCCAGGCCUGGGGCAGCGGAUGAGCUCUCGUCGUCCUACCUCGUCCCUCGGCGGUGGCGGAGGGCAGGCGGAGGGGGUAUGCGGGUUGGCGGAUUGGCUGGUUGGGCCUGGGCCGGUAGGCCAUUUGGGUGGCUGUCAGCACAUGGCUUCGAUCAAGGACACCGAGGACUGACGGGCACCGCACCAUGUGUUAGGAGAGUGUUGUGUAAGGCUUGGGCAGUAUCGCGCGGUAUG